CGCUGCCGCCGCAGCCGCAGCCGCGACCGGGGCACCUGGGGCCGCUAACGGUCCAGCGCCCCUCGGCGUCUGCGCGCCCUCAGCCCGGCCGACCCGGCGGCGCCCUGGGCGCUGGGCGCGAUGGGGGCCGCGGAGCCGCUGCGCUCGGUGCUGUGGGUGAAGCAGCAGCGCUGCGCAGUGAGCCUGGACCCCGCGCGGGCGCUGCUGCGCUGGUGGCGGAGUCCGGGGCCCGGAGCCGGCGCCCCCGGCGCGGAUGCCUGCUCUGUGCCUAUUUCUGAGAUCAUCACCGUUGAAGAAACGGACAUUAAUGGGAAACACUACACCAGUGGAAAAUGGCAGAAAAUGGAAAAGCCUUAUGCUUUCACAGUGCAUCGUGUGAGGAGGGCCCGGCAGCACCGCUGGAGGUGGGCGCAGGUGACCUUCUGGUGUCCUGAGGAGCAGCUGUGCCACCUGUGGUUGCAGACCCUCAGGGAGCUACUGGAGAAGCUGACGUCUAGACCAAAGCACUUACUGGUGUUCAUCAAUCCGUUUGGAGGGAAAGGACAAGGCAAGCGGAUCUAUGAGAGAAAAGUGGCACCGUUGUUUACACUGGCCUCCAUCACCACCGAGAUCAUCGUUACUGAGCGUGCUAACCAUGCCAAGGAGAGUUUAUAUGAGCUCAAUAUAGACAAAUAUGAUGGCAUCGUCUGUGUGGGCGGAGACGGCAUGUUCAGCGAGGUCCUGCACGGCCUGGUGGGCAGGACGCAGAGGGACGCCGGCGUGGACCAGGACCAGCCGCGGGCGGCGCUCGUGCCCAGCCCGCUGAGGAUUGGCAUCAUCCCUGCGGGGUCGACAGACUGUGUGUGUUACUCAACGGUUGGCACGAACGACGCGGAGACCUCGGCUCUGCACAUCGUCGUGGGGGACUCGCUGCCCAUGGACGUGUCCUCUGUGCAUCACAACAGCACGCUGCUGCGGUACUCGGUGUCCCUGCUGGGCUACGGCUUCUACGGGGACAUCAUCAAGGACAGCGAGCAGAAGCGGUGGAUGGGUCUUGUCAGAUACGACUUCUCAGGUUUGAAGACCUUCCUCUCCCAUCACUGCUACGAAGGGACAGUGUCCUUCCUGCCAGCACAGCACACGGUGGGCUCCCCGAGGGACAGGAAACCCUGCAGGGCGGGGUGCUUUGUCUGCAGGCAGAGCAAGCGGCAGCUGGAGGAGGAGCGGAAAAGGUCUCUGUACGGCCUGGAGAGCGCCGAGGAGGUGGAAGAGUGGAAGGUCGUCUGCGGGCAGUUCCUGGCCAUCAACGCCACCAACAUGUCCUGUGCUUGUCCCCGGAGCCCCCAGGGGCUCUCCCCGGCCGCCCACCUGGGAGACGGGUCUUCUGACCUCAUCCUCAUCCGGAAGUGCUCCCGGUUCAACUUCCUGAGGUUUCUCGUCAGGCACACCAACCAGGGCGACCAGUUUGACUUCACUUUCGUCGAAGUCUAUCGCGUCAAGAAGUUCCAGUUUGUGUCGAAGCCUGCGGAGGACAAGGACGGCAGCGCCCGGGGCCGCGGGAAGAAGCGAUUGGGGCAGCUGUGUAGCGACCGCCCCCCUUGCUGCUGCGCCGUCUCCAGCAGCGCCUGGAACUGCGACGGGGAGGUUCUGAGCAGCCCUGCCAUCGAGGUCAGAGUAUUUUUUGUGAAAACACGUACAAUUUAAAGAACAAGAGUAAGAUGAACAAUGAGGUACCUACCCCCCAAGCCAAGAAACUGAACUUCGCCCCCAAGCUCCCUGCGUGCCCUUGUGGACUGAGCCUGCCCUGCCUCCACCGAAGAGGUAACUACUGUUUCAGAAUUUGAGGGUAUCACUUCCUUGCUUUACCCAUGAGAGGGGAUCAGAAUGUGGCACCCCGAAAUGUGCCACUCUGGCAUAAGGACUGUUCCGAGCGGAAGACAAGAUGCCAAAAAGAGCCCUCUGCCCUCCCCCAUCUGCCUGAAAGGACCUAUCUUCCUCUUUGUGAGGGUGUGCCCCCUCUUCUCUCCUGGGCCCCCUUUGUCCCUGGAGACAAAGUUAGCACUGAGGUGGUGCUGCGCAAACAAACCUUAAUAAAACAACGCUUCUCCUCCGUUAGCUUCUCCAUAUAAAAUUCCCCAAUACAUUAACUUUACCCUAGAAGCCCAAACUCCCUUCCCUUUGCUUUGUCACUUCUUGUCAAAUGUAUUGCCCUUUAUUAAAAUCCAUAUAAGGCCCUGGGUCUGACCAUCUCUUUGGGCCUCCACUGCUUUUCUACAAAGGCCUGGAGGCACAUCAAAAAAAAAUUAAAUAUUAGCAUUAGAUAAAAAUUGUAUGCCGUUUCUUCUAAUUUGCCUUUGGUCAGUUUAGUUCACAGACCCCAAUAGGUAAACCUAAGAGGGUAGAAGAAAGGUGUUUCUUCUUCUUCCCCUACUUGUUUGUAUUCUCAGCACAGCUUUUGAGGUUUUGCUCUUUAUGUGAAGGCAUACUCUACUCUGUCAUCUUCUGUAGCCUGUUCCAUCCCGUGGGUAUUAAGACGUUUUCAUCAUGAAACGGAGUUUUCCAGUCUAUGAACAUUGCAUGUAUUUCCCAUUACGUUAAGUCCUCAUUCGCAUCUUUCAAUACAGGUUAAUAAUUUUUCCACAUGUCUCUCGAUCUUGUUUAGAUUUGUUCUUAAAAGCCUCCUAUUUUGAGGCUGUUAGUUACCCUUUACAAGUUUUGUUUUUAUGUGGAAAUGCAGUGGCUGUUUAUGUAUCAGAUUCUGUCCAGAAAAACGUGCCUCUUAUUUUUCUGCGGGUUUGGGGGCUUUCUAUAAUCACAGAUAUUUGAGUGUCAUCCUUUCCAAUCUUUCUUACUGGUGCUGGGAUGCCAGCCUUUGACAGUGGAGGACACUGGGGUCCAGAGCAGGAAGGGGCUGGGCUUCCCGGUUCCAGCGUGUUUGGGGGGGUCAGAUCUCCGCGAGCCGGGCGGCUUUCCCACACACGGGGGGACCUCCCGGACCCUCAGCUCCCAGGCAGAGGCUGCUCCCCGAGAUUCCGGCGGCCUUCAGGGUCGCCUCACCCCUCACUCCGGUCUCUGUUACAGGAAAUGAUGUUGGACUCGGCUUUGCCCAUUGGCUAAAUACUGUGGGGAGAACAGUGUUACAAUCCUGGGCUCAUCGUGAGCACCCCUCUUCGGUCAGCGUGUGACCUUAUUUAUUUACCCAUCAUAUAGUCAUAAAAUUCACUCACCACAUGCUGUGUUAGUAACAGUAAGGGCCUAUGAAGAGAACCCCGGUUCAAGAGCAGGGAAGUUCAUUUCAUCUCCCUCUGUGUCCCCUUCCACACCCGCUACCCUGGGGUGGCCGCUCUCCUGACUUGCAGCAAGUGGUGGCUUCUGCUGGGAGCCCUGCUGGGGCUCUGUCGCCCCAGGAACAAAGGCCCAAGCUCUACAGGGGCACCACGGCCCCUUUUUUUUUGUCCCAUGGACCCCCCAGGUAAAAGGUAAAGCCAAGAGCAGCCUUCGGAGCCGUGCCCUGAAAGGCACACAGUGAAACAUACGGGCCUGUGGAGGAAACCACGGGGACUGAAGAAGGGCGCUGCGCGUUUUCAACAGUGACCAGCCUCGUGUGUGCUGCUUUACCGACACGUGAAAUAACGAAACCUCUGUAAAAUGCGCAAAUCGGGGCCGUUACCUGGGGAGGCCCACCUGCGCGGCGGGUGGGAGUCUCCCCCACCACCACCACGCCCUGAGCUCCCGACCCUUCCUCACCCCAUGUUCCCCUCCAGGGAGCGGGGUUCGCUGUGGACGAGAGGGCUGUCGGAAGAGGGCCCGCCACAAAGAGGGGCAAAGGCUGAGAGGGAGCUUCAAGCGUAGGUAGGGGACCAGGAGGUUUAUUUUAGCUGCAAAAUCACAGCCUGGGUGUGUCGUCAGGAGAGUCACUGGUGAGGGGACAGCACUCCCGGGGGCGUCUGUCUGAUGUCUGCCAGGUUCCCCAGGGACCGCUGUCCCGUCACUGCUGUGUCCAGCACCUAGGACAGCGCCGGAAGUGGACAGAGGGACAGGUGGAUGGAUGGAUGGAUGAAGGGCUAGGUGGACGGAUGUGGUAUCCAAGGCCGCCCCCCUCACCACGGAGCUGGCCCACUGGACCUGGUUUCCAUCCAGCUCUGGCCACUCCCUGAGGGACCUGGGCAGGCCUCUGCCUCCCGGGGG